AUGGCAUUGAUCAACCUUUGGAUGGCACAGGGAUUUAUCCCAUCAUCAGACGUGGAUCCGAAUAAGGAACGUUUGGGCAAUGAGUAUUUCAUGGAUUUGCUGUGGAGGUCCUUCUUUCAAGAUGUUCAAGAGGAUGAAUUAGGCAACAUAGUAAAUUUCAAAAUGCAUGACUUAAUGCAUGAUCUUGCUCAACUAGUUGCGGGGACAGAGUGCAUGAUUGUGGACUUGAGUUCAGGAAAACUUGAUGAAAGGGUCCGCCACGUGUCACACAGUUCUAAUUUUGAUCUAUCAUGGACGCGGGAAACCUCUUACUCUGGAGCGGACAAACUUAGGUCCUUUCUUCUCCUAAAUCAAUCCCCUUUCCAUAGCAUGCCAAAUAAGCUAUUUUAUGACACAGCCAUAGGAAGAUUUAGAGGCUUGCGUUCUUUGAGUAUGAGCAAUUCAGGAGUCACCAUGCUGCCAAUAUCCAUAAGCAACCUUGUCCAUCUGAGAUAUCUCGAUAUAUCUUGGAAUCCCGACAUCAAACUGCUCCCCAACACUAUCACUGAUCUCCUUAAUUUACAGACCUUAAUACUCACCAGCUGUUAUAACCUUGAAAACUUGCCAACACAAAUGGAAAAGUCGAUCAACCUAAGACAUCUUGAUAUUGAUGGAUGUGCCAAUCUGAAGCAAGUGCCAUGUGGAUUGGGCAAGUUGCAGUCUCUUCAAUCAUUAGGCAAGGGUGGUAUCACCAUUUCCAGGCAAAGCUGUUGGCUCACAGAACUGAAGGACCUAAACAACUUGGAUGGAGAGCUGAGGAUCGUGGACUUAGGACAUGAUGAUGACGCCACAUUAGAAUGGAAGGAUGUGAACCUGAAAGACAAACAAAAUCUUCAGUCCUUGAUUGUGGAAUGGGGUCCAGAAAGCCAUGAAAACGAGGGUGUAUUAAAUGAUGUGAUGAUGUUGGAGGAUAUAAAGGCGCUCUGGAGCCUCAAACAGUUAAUGAUUGAAUGGUAUGGAGGUGCACGGUUUCGCAAAUGGAUGGUGGAUGAUCUGAUGUCAUACCUCCCCAAUUUAGUUAAAGUUCGGCUGGACAGUUGUUUUAGGUGCCAACAUUUGCCACCACUGCAUCAGCUUGCUUAUCUUAAGGACCUCUAUCUUGGAGAUUUGAGUAACAUAGAGUGCAUAAUAGAAUGUGAAGGGGUUGCUGAAGUCAGACCAUCAGGGUGUGAUUUCUUCCCAGUGCUUGCACAGCUCUGGAUUGUCAACAUGCCCAACUUGAAGAAAUGGUGGCGAAAGGAAGAGGCCAGCAAGGAGUUGCUUCCGUCAAUUCCUCACCUUUCUUACCUGGUGAUCUUGGAUUGCCCCAAUUUGUUGUCUAUGCCACUACUGCCGAGUCUGGAAAAACUAGACGUUUACGGAGUCAACGAAAAACUAUUGUCCCCACAGUCAUCAACAGCAGAAUCAUCUUCCUCCCUUUGCAGAUUGAAGAAACUUCGUAUUGGCAAAGUCCUUAAAAUGGAAUCUCUAUCGGGGAAAUGGCUGCAAAAUCUCACUUCUCUUGAGUUCAUGUGGAUAUCAGAUUGCCCAAAAUUAAUGUCUCUGUCCCAAGGACUGUCACAUCUCUCUUCGCUUGAGAUACUGGGUAUUAGCAACUGCAAAGACAUUGAUUUUAAAGAGGUUGAUAGUGGCAGCAGUAUGCAAUCAAAAGGCUUUCUGAAUCUACGUUCUAUGACAAUUAAAGAAGCAGCAAAACCAGAUUGCCUACCACAAAGGCUCGAACAGUUCCCAAAUCUAGAAAAGCUUGAGAUUGAAAGCUGCAGUGGCUUGGUUAGCCUACCUGAAUCGAUAGGCAACCUCCAGUCUCUACAACGUAUACGAAUUUUCGAUUGCCGGAAAUUAAUUUCUUUGCCGACUCCAGUGAGUUCUCUCACUGGUUUGCAAGAGUUGGAGCUUUCUGGUUGUCCCAUAGUGAUGGCAAAGAUGCCAAGGAGAGAGUGUAUAAGAUUGGCAUAA